AUGGAUGGACGUCAGCAGUAUGUCCCGGGGCCCCCGCCUUCCUCUCAAGCGCAACACAUGAACCUGCCUCCGCCUCCGCCUCGACACCCACAAGCCCAAACGAUGGUCCCACCUCCUCCUCCUGGCCCACCUCCAGGGACGACGUAUGGAGCUCAAACAGGGUGGCAGCAAAACUGGGGCAGACCGCCGCUGAAUCCAGGUUUCCCACCGCCGCCACCUCUUGCCCCCGCACCAAACCAGCAUCUAACAUACGGUCGCCCACCAGCUCAGUUGUCAAUAAUUCCUCCGCGUCAUGACCAUCAGCCUCUGACAUCCGCAACUUAUAUACCCGGGAACGAUACUAUUGGCGUUGGAAUUCCAGGGUUGUUCGACCCUCAUGGAAGAGCUGCUCCAUAUGAUCCAUAUGCACACACCAAUGCCGAGAGACAACGGUUGGGUCUCAGCCAAAUGCAUGAUCAUAUCAAUACUUCCAUCCCGUAUAAAACAGACCCAGGCCUUCCCCAUACCCCAGGUGGCCGCAAUAUUUCUUCGCCCUACGCUCUUCAUGGCAACAUUCAUGAAUUAACGUCCAACGAUAGUCCGCAACAGCAGGCGACAGCUCAAACCACCGAACUUACCAAAACUACAAGUCACCGCCACAAUCCCAGCGGUACUUCGCUGGGUGGUUUAUCUCACAGUGAAGCUGCGAUACAGUGGCCAUUGGAUCGCGUGCUCCUCUGGCUUGCGAAGAAUGGAUUUUCCAACGAUUGGCAGGAAACAUUCAAAGCCUUGGAGCUCGAAGGCGCUGACUUUCUCGAGCUUGGACAUGGAUCUGGUGGGCGAGGAAAUCUUGGAAAAAUGCAUCAAGUGGUCUAUCCUCAAUUGGCAAAGGAGGUCGGCCGGAGUGGCAAAAAAUGGGAACCUGGCCGGGAACGAGAUGAAGGAAAGCGUAUGCGCAAAUUGAUCCGUCAAAUCCAUGAUGGUUCGCAAGACUAUACCGUCUCUACACCACUGAAUCAGACGCAGCCGCCGGCGACUGCGUUCCCUGACAACAGUGCAUCUUACUUCUCUAAUAAUUUUUCCGAGCCACGCUCUGCUGGCCCUAUCCCUGGAGUCAAUGAUGUGAGUCCGGAUCAUCUGAGUGCAUUGCACGCCUCCAACCACGGCCAAAAGCAGCCUGGGCAACGUUCGGUUACCAUGCCGGUCCCUGCUGGCCACGAUUCGCCGAGAUACAAUGACUCUCCUGCACGAGAAAAUUGGAUGCGAGCUGACCAAUUGCGGUCCGAGUAUACCCGCACCGCCUUGUCGGGGAUAAACACCGACCAUCGACGCCAGAGUCCGUCCAUUGGCAGUGAAUCGGGCACUUUUCAGGGAUCGUCUCUUCGGCCCCACGAAGACAGUCCAAUUAGUGGUAGCCCGGCCCUGCAACAUGCAUCGCCCGCUUAUACAGGAGCUUUUUCAUCAUCCACUGGGGAUCUGACGUUGAGACAGUAUGAUCACUCUCGGGGCAAUAGCACUGAGUCGAUCUCCGGAUUCGGUCGGGGCGCCACAGGCCGGUACUAUGAUUCACGUAGACAAGGCCAAGAGUAUGAUGCUCGGAGGCAAGGCCCAGAGGGUGCUCGUCCCUCGCCUCAAGAUGCCUCGUCUUCGUACUCUAAAGAGCACAAAGGCUUUUUCUCCAAUAUUUUGAAGAAGAAGACGAAAAACCAGCCAUCCGCUGAUCAGCAACAUGAAGACUCGUCACCUACGACAAGCCCGGAAACUCGCCCAAAUGAGGCAUAUCUCCCUUAUAUAAAGCCUUCUUACAACUCCAGCGACAUGUCGGUCGGUGAGCGUCCAUCCACAGCGACCACAAAGACGAAAAAAUGGGUAUUUGUCACCACGGAUGGCUUGAACUUCCGCUUGAUUGACAUCUCCGAUCUGGACUCUUACGAGUCAUUGCGUAACGGGAUCUGUGAAAGCCUCGCGGUCGACCCGACCAACGCUCAGAUUUACCUCACUCAGCCCGGGCAGAGUGAGCAUGAGGAUCCUAUGAGUGACGCAAACCUCGCACAGUCGCGUCGAAGCAAGUCAGAUGCAUAUGGUUCUCUCAAGCUGUUUGUACGAGGGACUCCUAUGCUUCCCAUUCCAUCUAGUACUACUCGAGUCGAUGGCUUGGGAGUUUCAUUCACAGACAAGUCCAAUAUGUCACCCACAGCAACACACCACCAGGUGCACAGGAAGCCCUUGGACGAAGAUGCCCUCAACAGGUUAUCACCGCAUCGCACCAGACCAGAAUCUCCAUUGUUGGGCUCUCGGCAAACCACUCUCAAGGCUUCGACAGGGAAGGCAUCCUCGGCAGAGCCUGUACAGGACGCAGCCCAAGCUCUUGGGUCUGACCAGUCCGAUUUGCUCGCUCGCCACGAGGAGCAUCUCCGCGAAGUUGAGCGCAAACAAAAACAUUAUUUGCAAUCCAAAAUGCCGCAGUCUCAGCAGAAUAAGAAUGCCUACAGUGACACCGGGUACAGGCGAAACGAGAUCAUUGACUUUGACAGUCCUCGUAUCUCGCCUUAUGAUGAAAAGAAGGGGGAUUCGCUUGUACCACUUCGCAAACCUCCAACAGCGCCAAUCGAGUCCAACACUCUUACCAAGGUCAAUUCUCUCAGCAGGAGACCCACGACUCGUGAGAACCGUGAGAACCGUGAGAACCGUGACAACCGGUUGCAGCCGUCCUUGGGCGCAGCAAUUGCCAGCGUUGGCCGCAUAACAAGUGCCGUUGGCACGCCGUUGCCUUCGGUGCCGGCUACAUCUAAGCCUUCACCCAGCACUCAAGACAGUGCAAGCUCCGAGUCUGAGCGACCAGGAUCAUUUGAUUCUACUGGAACAUUUUCGAGUAGAACAACCCUUGGUCAGUAUAUGCAUGACACAGCGAGGCCUGAUCGAUCUCCCGCUGACUACGCUUCAGACUCUUCGAGGCCCACCUCGAAGAUGGGCACGGAACACGAGAAACCCCCAGUCUCGUUUGCCAAUCAAUCACCCGAGAAGCCUGUUUCUGAAGACCCACCGAGACCAAGGUUGCAAUCUCGCAAGUCGUUUGGCCCAGAGUUCGACUUUGAAGAGAAUCAAGUAUCCUUCCAGCGGACUCCUCAGCAGCAACAGGACUCUGACGACGACUCUGAUGAUGACUCGGACGAUGGCCUAUUCCAAGUCCGACCUUCAAGGGCCCAGGAAGAGCAGAGAGAAGCGCAAGCUGAGGCCGACAAGAAGGCGGAGAGGCCAUCGCUCACUGUCAACACAAAAGAUCAGUUAAGAUCAAAAUUGUCCGUCAGGUUCAAAUCUCCAAGCACUGCCGGUCCCAGUUCUAGCGGAGAGGCAUCUGAUGGGAAGGAACCGGUGUCUAGUACCUGGGGACCAGUCUCGCCUGAAGAUGAGAGACCUGGACCACUACGGCGGGAAUCAUUUGCCCGAGAUAUCUGGGCAAGCAGACCUGCUGUCGAAGGCGUUAUCGACCAUCUCGAUGACUUCUUCCCUGACGUUGAUCUUGACGCUCCUUACUUGGAUGAGCCCUCAUCGCCCAAUACCAAGGCUAUCAGUGAACAUGACGUGAAAAAAGAGGCCCCGCCACCUAUGCCGCAUACAACCCAUGCGCCUGAUACAGCUCCGAUGAGACCACCUGAACCUGCCAAUUUUGCUCGACAGAAACUUGCUCGUAAUGCAGGUGGUGGCGGCGGACUAUCUCGCAUGAAAUCCAUUCGACAGGUGGCCCAGGGAGCAAACCGAACGAACAGCAUUAGCAACGCUGGUCCUCAAAAGUCGGGUGAUCUUCUGCGCCGAAAGAGUACCAAGAUGUUCGGCGCCAAAAUUAUGCAAAUCAGGCCCAGGCCAGGCACCCGGCUUAGCCAACUCGAUCCGAUCCCUCAAAAUAGCACCCAAGUCGUGUCCAAUACCGGGCCUGUUCCUCAGCGACAACCCACUUUCCGCAUCAUCCGUGGUCAGCUCAUCGGCAAGGGUACUUAUGGUCGCGUAUACCUAGGCAUGAACGCAGACAAUGGUGAAGUCUUGGCUGUCAAACUGGUCGAGAUCAACCCCCGAAUUGCAGGGGCAGACAAAGACCGUAUCAAGGAGAUGGUCGCCGCUCUGGACCAGGAGAUUGACACGAUGCAGCACCUCGAACACCCCAACAUCGUACAGUAUCUUGGAUGCGAGCGAGGUGAAUUCUCUAUCUCUAUCUACUUGGAGUAUAUUUCUGGUGGGUCUGUCGGAAGCUGUCUGCGCAAGCAUGGCAAAUUCGAAGAAAGUGUCGUGAGAUCACUGACGCGGCAAACCCUGGGCGGACUGGCAUAUCUGCACGAUAAGGGAAUCCUCCACCGCGACCUGAAAGCAGACAACAUCCUCCUAGAUCUUGAUGGCACAUGCAAGAUCUCCGACUUCGGUAUCUCCAAGAAGACAGACGACAUCUACGGCAACGACUCAUCCAACUCCAUGCAAGGCUCUGUCUUUUGGAUGGCCCCGGAGGUCAUCCAGUCCCAGGGCCAGGGCUACAGCGCCAAGGUCGAUAUCUGGUCCCUUGGCUGUGUGGUUCUGGAGAUGUUCGCAGGCCGUCGACCAUGGAGCAAGGAGGAGGCCAUAGGCGCCAUCUUCAAACUCGGCAGUCUGAGCCAGGCUCCACCGAUUCCGGAUGAUGUUUCUAUGAACAUUAGUCCCGCCGCUCUUGCAUUCAUGUACGAUUGCUUCACAAUUGACUCGGCUGAACGUCCUACUGCCGGAACCCUGCUCACCCGCCAUCCCUUCUGCGAGUCCGAUGCGAACUAUAACUUCCUAGACACGGAAUUGUAUGCGAAGAUUCGCCAUGUUCUUUGAGUUCCCUUGGUUUGAUUUUG